GGCCUGGUGUGGCGUGCGCUGAGUGCGCGGCUGCGGCUCCGCGUCUGGGUGUCAGCCUUGGAGCUGACGGUGAGGCUUGCGGUAGGCCGGGAUGUUACAGACUGCUGGAGCUCAGGAUGAGGAAGAGGAGCACGCGGAGGAGGACUGUCCUGAAUUGGUUCCCAUUGAGACGAAGCAGGGAGAAGAGGAGGAGAAGCCUGGCCCCGGUGCUAAGAUCCCAGUCACAAUUAUCACCGGGUAUUUAGGUGCUGGAAAGACAACUCUUCUGAACUACAUUUUGACAGAACAACAUAGUAAAAAAAUAGCAGUUAUUUUAAAUGAAUUUGGAGAAGGAAGUGCAGUAGAGAAAUCCUUAGCUAUCAGCCAAGGUGGAGAGCUGUAUGAAGAGUGGCUGGAACUUGGAAACGGUUGCCUCUGCUGUUCAGUGAAGGAUAAUGGCCUUAGAGCUAUUGAGAAUUUGAUGCAGAAGAAGGGGAAAUUUGAUUACAUACUGUUAGAGACUACUGGGUUAGCAGAUCCUGGUGCUGUGGCUUCUAUGUUUUGGGUUGAUGCUGAAUUAGGGAGUGACAUUUACCUUGAUGGUAUCAUAACUGUUGUAGAUUCAAAAUAUGGAUUAAAACAUUUAACAGAAGAAAAACCUGAUGGCCUAAUCAGUGAAGCUACUAGGCAAGUUGCUUUGGCAGAUAUCAUUCUCAUCAAUAAAACAGACUUGAUUUCAGAAGAGGAGCUAAACAAAUUAAGAGCAAUCAUUAGAUCAAUAAAUGGACUGGGAAAAAUUUUAGAAACACAAAGAUCAAGAGUUGAUCUCUCUAAUGUAUUAGAUCUUCAUGCCUUUGAUAGUCUCUCUGGAAUAAGUUUGCAGAAAAAACUUCAACAUGUGUCAGCCACACAAUCUCACCUUGAUCAGAGUAUUGUUACAAUCACAUUUGAAGUACCAGGAAACUCGAAGGAAGACAGUCUAAAUAUAUUUAUUCAGAAUCUCCUGUGGGAAAAGAAUGUAAGAAACAAGGACAAUCGCUGCAUGGAAGUCAUACGACUUAAGCAGGGGUUGGUGUCGAUCAAAGACAAACCACAACAAGUGAUUGUCCAAGGUGUCCAUGAACUCUAUGACCUGGAAGAGACUCCAGUGAGCUGGGAAGAUGACACUGAGAGAACCAAUCGAUUAGUCUUUAUUGGCAGGAAUUUAGAUAAGAAUAUUCUUAAACAACUAUUUAUUGCUACAGUGACAGAAACAGAAAAGCAGUGGACAACACAGUUCAAAGAAGAUCAAGUAUGUCCAUAACACUAGAAGCAUUUUUUAUCAAAAGGACCAGAUGGUAAAAAUGAGAAUAAGUUCCUACUGGAUGCAUUUCAAUCAUCUAC